CAGCACGGCAGUCGGCAGUAGAGAGAGCAGCCGAUUUCCCCGGCCCGGCCCAAACUCCCCAAAGCCACCGCUUUUGGUUUGCUUUCUCCCUUCCCUCCGGCCGGCGCCGCCACCACCCACCGUCCCACCCAUGGGGCUCGCCGCCCUCGAGAGCUGCUUCCGCGCCGUCCCGCCGGAGGCCGUCGCCGCCGUCGUCGACUGCGUCCUCGCCUCCUCCUCCCCCUCCGCCUCGCCCUCCGAGCUCUUCCGCUCCCUCCUCGACUCCUUCCCCAAGGCGCAGGACGGCGGCCACGGCCAUGCCGCCGCCCUCUCCCACGCGGCCGCGCUGUGCCAUCUGCUCCCCCGCGUCGGCGGCGACCCCGGGGACGCCCUGCGCGCGCUGCUCUGGGGGGUCUUCCUGCCGCUGCUCCGCCGGGAGGACGCCCAGCCCGGCCGGCUCCAGCAGCAGGCGGCCGCGCUCAUGUGCGACGCCGUCUCCCGCGCCCGGUCCUGGGACCUGCUCGGAGCCACCGUCCUGCCCUUCUGCGUCCGGUCCUGCGCCGCCGCAAUGGCUCUGCCCACCACCCACCAGUAUGACGGCGACGAAACCACCGUCUACCGCUACCACUGGGCCGCCGCCGCCGCCGCCGCGGAUGGUGGGCUGUCAGGGGAGGCCGGGCUGCUGCCGCUCUCCAGGGCCACCGCGCUCUUAUCGUCGUUGCUCGGAGACGCGCUGAAGAGGAGAAGGGAGGCCCAUGAGGAGGGCGCCGACGCUUCCCUUGAUGCACUGGUGCAGAAUUUGACCUGGGACCUGUCCAGGCUUGUGCUCAACAUGUUUGACCUCGGCCAAGAGUAUCGGUCCUGCGCCACCCGGGUCCUCCUGCAGCCUCUGCUGGCUUCACUAGCAGAUGUUUCUUGCGUCACCGUCGAGUUCGGUGCGGUCCAGCUUAAACUAUCUAGGUCCGGUUUCUUGGAGUCCAUUUGGAACUCCUGUGUCUCUCUGUUCUCUCUUGGCCGCCCUGAGCGGCUGGAUGCGUACGAUAUACUCUCUCUGUACUUCUCGGUGUUGAAAUCGGGACAUCAGGGUGCUAUCCUAGGAACUGCUGAUGAGGUCCAGAACUUUGAUCUGAGGAAUGUCACUGAGUUUUGGGAUGAACUGCGCAGGGGGCUGGUUGACAAGGAUUCUUCAGUAAGGAAGCAGGCCUUUUACGUCUUGAAAACAUCGCUAAGCAUAUUUUCUUUCGGAAAUGACGGGAGCCAGCGAUGCUCUGGCAGGAGCCCAGCUGCUUUGCCUGGUCAAGACAAAUCAAAUGCCGCUGUGACAAAAAAAGAAAGGUGGGCUAACAAAGAGGCCAAAUCCCUAGGUGUUGAAGAAAUCAAGCAAUCAGAUGAGCACUGUUCAAGUGGUCAGGACCGAUGGAAGGUCUUUCUGUUACUCUAUGAGAUGCUCCAGGAGUUUGGGACACAUUUAGUUGAGGCAGCCUGGACACACCAGGUACUGUUAUUGUUUGAGUCUACACCACAGAGUGACUAUUUGGAUCACAUAUCAUACAGAGCUUUUCAUGCUCAGAUGGAAUCCGUGGAAGGGAUUUUCAACUGGAUGGCGGUACUGUGGGAGCGUGGGUUUACUCAGGAUAAUCCUCAAGUGCGGUGCCUGGUAAUGCAAUCCUUUUUGGAUAUUGAAUGGGAGCGUUACAAAGGCUACGCCCAAAUGGUCCCUAGAGGCUUUGUUCUUGGCCCUCUCAUACGUGGUUUGAAUGAUGUAGUUCAUCAUAAGGAUUUUGGUGUUGGUGGUGUCUAUAAUUCAGAAGCCAUAAAAGGUGCAGAGAGGUUUUUCAGCAAUUAUGCCCAGAAAUUGACGAUACGUGAGCGUUUACAUCUGGUUUGGAGUCUGGCAUCUGCUGCUAAACAAGAUUCAUUUGGCCGACCAGGAUUAAUGACUCUUGCAUUCUGUAUCGCGUCAUGCGCUUGUCAGUCAGAUACACAUGACUUACCAUGUGGGUCUGCUGUCAACGAAUUGGCAAAGUGCAAUGGAGAUACAUCUAUAGCAGUCAAUACUGCGGAUCUUUUAGAUGCCUUAUGGAUUCUUAGUGAGAGGAGUAAACACCACUUUAAUCCAAAGUAUCGCCUAAAAGUUUGUGAACAGGUUAUCAAAGCCGUAGCAUCGUUGACAAGUGCAGCUGAAAUUCCACUCAAUCAGCUUUUCAAUUUCAUUUCUACAAUACCUCGAGAGUGUACUGAUUCUACUGGACCACUGAGGGGUACAGUCCAGAAAUGGCUUCUUCAGAAAAAAGAAUGUUCUGAGAGGAACACUUUGUUGGAUGAGCUUAUUGAUUUCCCAACCACCUUCAUGAAGCACACAUGCAUAGAGGGGUCGUAUUUAUAUGAUGACGAGGAUGUGGGUGCAUGGGAAGCUGAAGCACGGAGGUGGGCCAGGACCCUUCUUCUUGUAACCUCAGAGGAACAUCAUUUCAAGCAAAUAUUUACGUUCCUGGAGAAAUGUGGUAACAAGCUUUCUGAACAUUCUUCAACGAGAAAAUGCGCUGACGUGAAGUUUUUUAUCAUCAUUAUAUGCUUGAUCGAGGAGCUUCAAGUGAGACAGAAAAAGCUUGUUCACCAAAAUAAUGCCAUCGCCGGUGAAGGUUCAGAUACGACAAAUGGAUUAGAGCACCGUGUUCUCACCCAGAUGUUUGAAAAAUUAUUGCUUUCAGUUCUGGAAAAUAUGGUGGUCUACAGCAAGCAAUCUUGCUCAGUUUUCUGGUUAAAAAAUACGGACAACAUGGAUUUACCAUGUUCUAUUAAAGGAAAGCUUGGAGGUCCGAGUCAGCGUCGUUUAGCUACUUCUGUAACCUCUUCAGUGUUGCAGUGUAUUUGGUCUAUGAGGUGUGUUAGUUCUGUUGUUUCAUGGUGUAACCACUACACCUCUGAUGUUUCUUUUCAUUCAGCAUUUUCAUUCCUCUGGGAAUUCUGUUGGGAAGUUAUCCAGCAUUGUACUUAUGCCACUGAGACUGGAGCUGAGCUUCACUUGGCAGCUUAUGAAGCUCUAGCUUAUGUUCUAGCAGCUCUAUCUACUGCCCCCUUUUCUCAGUUUCUGGAUUUUGUGGAAACAAAGCAAAGAAACCAAACCAUCAUAUUAUCAUUGGAUCUUCUGGCGACCACUUUUCUUGGCAAUAUAAACAAUCUCCUUACAAAUGGAGUCCUAACACGAAGCAGACGAGCUGUUUUAAUGUGUUGGAAGUGGCUUUGUGUAGACUCCCUUUUAUCCAUUCCUAGCUGCUGUGAGGAGAAUGAAUCUCAGAUGAAGACAUCAGGUUCCUUUUAUUCAGAUUCAACCCUCCAGUCCAUCUUUCUUGAUAUUACUGAAAGUCUUGAAAAUGCUGGCGAGAAUUCUGUUGUAUCCAUCCUUAGAUGCGUGAGGUCUGUAUUGGGGCUUAUACACUUAAAUAGGAGCCACCAAAAUUUAUCCUCUCUGGGCAUCAGUUAUGAGAUGAUGAUGCAAUUGGUAAAGUCUUCCUGGGUCUUGCACCUUAGCUGCAAUAAACGCAGGGUCGCACCAAUUGCUGCACUGCUGUCCGCAAUAUUGCACCCAUCAAUCUUUCCCAAUUUGGAAAUGCACCAGACAAAUGAAAAAGGGCCAGGCCCUUUGAAAUGGUUUGUCGAGACUCUUCUUAAUGAAGGCUCAAAGAGUCCUCGAACUAUUCGCCUAGCAGCUUUGCACUUGAGUGGUCUAUGGUUGAUGUACCCAAAAACUAUUAGAUUUUACAUGGAGGAACUUAAGCUAUUAGCGCUAUAUGGAUCUGGUAUGUUAGACAAUAUAUUUUCUAAUAAUUUCUUUAUGUCCGUCUUCUUUUUUUCUGCCCGUGCCUUUGUAAUAAGGCCUGGUGAUAUGCUGUUGUAUAUUCCAACUUUCUUUACAUAUGAACUUAAAAUAGUGGCAUUCGAUGAGGAUUUUGAAGCUGAACUGUCCGAAAAUCAUGAGGCAAGAUUUGAAGUUUCCAUGCUAGCGCAAAGUCCAGACCGUGAAUUCACAGAGGUGUUCAUUAAUACAGAAUUGUAUGCCCGUGUUUCAGUUGCUGCUCUAUUUCAUCAGCUAUGGAAGCAAAUCAAAGAAAAGACCAAAUUGGAGACAGAAGAAGCUCUUGAAUGUGGCAAACUAUUUUUACUUAAACUUCUGGAUUCAGCGGUGAAUGACAAUGAUCUCUCGAAAGAACUUUACAAAAAAUACAGCAGUGUACAUAGGCGGAAAGUUCGCGUGUGGCAGAUGAUAUGUGUUUUGUCAAGCUAUGUAGAGGAAGACAUAGUUGAGAAAGUGACAUCUACUGUUCACACCUGUCUUUAUAGAAAUAACCUACCUGCUGUCCGGCAGUACUUGGAGACGUUUGCUAUACUUAUUUACUUAAAAUUUCCAACACUGGCUGAAGCACAGCUUGUUCCUAUUUUUCAUGACCACGGAAUGCGACAACAGGCACUAUCUUCAUAUGUUUUUAUAGCAGCAAACGUGAUCCUCCAUUCAGGGGAGCUGGUUGUCCAGAGAAAGCAUCUUAAUCAACUGCUUCCUCCAAUAAUUUCAUUCUUAACAUCCCAUCAUCACAGUCUACGUAGUUUCACUCAGCUACUUGUCCACACUGUUUUUUCCAAGUUGUGGCAUAUUUUGCAACUAGAAAGCUCAGAAAAUCCAUCCAUCGAGAGGAGGUGCUUUCAAGAUUUGAAGAAGUAUCUGGCAGAGAAUACCGACUGCGCAAGGCUAAGAGUUUCAAUCGAAGGUUUCCUUGAUGUUUUUGAUCCUGAUAUAUCUGGGACUCCACCGGGAAUAUUUACAGCUCGCAUUGAGUCGUCUGGCUUUGAAUGUGUUCCUGUGUCGGUGUUGGAGCGAGUAAAUAACUUUUUGAACGACGUGAGGGAGGAGCUGAGGCAUUCUAUGAUAAAGGAUUCAGCAACAAUCAAGAACGAGGGCCUGGCGGUGAGAAAACACGAGGAGGGCACCGAAGAGAAGAUAGUAGCCAGUCAAGAUUUCCAGAAGAAGAUCAUACCCCACCGGGACUUGGAGCAAGCAGCGAGCAGCAACGGCGCGGUCAUGGGCAACAACGACAUCUCACGACUGCUCUUCGAGAUGGAGGAAGACGACGACACGUUCAACCUGGCGGUGGAGUCGAGGAAGGAGGCGGCGGAGACGGUGAGGCAGAGUCGGCAGGAUCUGAUCGUGGUGGCGUCGCUGGUGGAGCGGAUCCCGAACCUGGCGGGGCUGACCCGGACGUGCGAGAUAUUCAGGGCGGGCGGGCUGGCGGUGGAGGACAUGGGGGUGGUCCAGGACAAGCAGUUCCGGCUGAUCAGCGUGACGGCGGAGAAGUGGGUGCCGAUGGUGGAGGUGCCGGCGGAGAGCAUGAGGGCGUUCUUGCAGAGGAAGCGGGCGGAGGGGUACACGGUGGUGGGGCUGGAGCAGACGGCCAACAGCGUGGCGCUGGACGAGUUUGUGUUCCCGGCCAAGACGGUGGUGGUGCUGGGCAGGGAGAAGGAAGGGAUCCCGGUGGACAUCAUCCAGGAGGCGGUGGACGUGUGCGUCGAGAUCCCGCAGCUUGGCGUCGUCCGGUCACUCAACGUACAUGUCAGCGCCGCCAUCGCCAUCUGGGACUACACCCGCCAGCAGCGCGUCCGCUCCUCCUCCUCCUCCUCCUCGCUGUAGGUAGCUUCCGGUUCUCCUUCCUGUUGGAGUAAACCAGAGAAGGCUGCCAUGUCUGUUGUUGUAACAUGCAUGGACCUGAUCAUCCAUGACAAAACUGAUCAUGAACCUUCCUUAGCCAGGACUAGAUUGUUAGCUAGAUUUAUGCACCGAACUGGUCAUGCAUGAUGAAAACACUUUGCAAGAAGAUGUCAACCACUCUUGUUAAGAUUAGAUGAUAAGUUCCUGCUCUC